CUAUAGAGCAAUAAAAAUAUCGCAGUGCACUGCUGAUUUGUAUAAUCAAGCUUUGUUUUUUUCACAAACGUAUAUGACUUACACGUAAGCUCAACAGUAUACGACGUUAAUUGUUUCGACGAAAAAAAGUUAUAAAUAUCAUAAUAUGCAGUGGUUAAGAAUAUAUUUGUAUUAAAAUCUUCUGCUAAAAGUUUAGAUUAGUUCAAGGAUGACUCGGGCUAACAGAAAAAGGGGUCGUGAUGCGGAAGAAGAAUUUAGUGAAUUUAUGCCAUUAAGUAAAAGAAUAAAUAAUCUUCAUAUUAAUGGUUUAUCGGGCAUGCAUGAGAAUGUUACUGAAAAUAUGGAUACAGACUGCUGCGGCAGAACCUUUAUGCCAUCGCCAAAUUAUUCAGAGCUUUCUCAAGAAUCGCCGUUAUACGACGGAUGCAGUUCUAGCCAAAGUAGUUACAUAACAGAAUAUAAACCUGAUCUGGAUGCAGCUGAAAAUCCAUUUUAUUACGAAAGUAACAAGCUGCUAUUUUCCUUGUAUAUGGAACGUGUUCAGAGAGCAUCUGAUUCAUUUUGAUAUCGCUAUUUUCAAAUUAUAAUUCCUAAUCAUUAAGCAUUUCUUGCAUAUCAUUUUCUUCAUUCCUUUUCAAUGUAUUUCUACUCGAAUUUGAAUUUUCUUAAAUCGAAUCAAUGGAAAUCUUGAAAAAUUUAAUGUUCGGAGCAUUGUAAACAACAAUCUAUUAUUUAUUAUCAAGAUAUUAUAUCUAUAUUAAUGUAAUUGUAUAUAUCAAAAGAGUAUUUAAAAUUUUUUGUCAAGCGACAGUUUGCUUGGAAAGACAAAAUUAAAAUUUGCAUAAUUAUGAAUAACGAAUUUAGAAUUUGAAUGAUCUGUAUUUUGUUAUUAUUAUAAUAUAAUAUAGCAAUAGCAAUUGAAUUAAAUUGAUGUUUCUAUAUUAA